AGAAAAAUGGUCUGACCUGUGACUAAAACCAUAAUGUGAUCCGUUACAGCACUGCUUUGCUAAUCAGCACCUUUCUUCCCCCUUCCAGUUGUUGAAGAAGUGGGCGCCAGUCUUCAAGAACUACGUGAAAAGACCCCAAGACCAAAUGGACUGCCUGACGUCCAUGGAGGAGGUGUUCCUUGAGCAGGACACUCACUGGGCAGCUCUAGUCAAAGUGCUGAUGAACAUGUAUCAGCUGGAGAUCCUGGAGGAGGACGUGAUCAUGCGCUGGUUCACUCAGAGCUCCACCACUGACAAGAGCCAGAAGCUGCGCACUAAUGCGGGGCUCCUGAAAUUCAUUCAGUGGCUGGAGGAGGCUGAGGAGUCUUCAGAUGAAGAUUAAUCAACAUCAAAACCAUCAUGAGUGAGAUUUACAACACUUCAGACGGUCAAUAAUACACUUUGAAACCUGGAAAAUACAACGGGCUGGCGUGCUUUGCUGAAUAUUUGAUGGGAAAUAAAGACAUGUAAAUGUAUACGGACACAC